AUGGAGGUCGUCGUCCUCCGCCGGUCAGGAGGCGCUUUUGUGGAGAACAUGACACGCAGCCGGACCAAAGAAGUCCCCGCCUCAUCACUUCAGUCGCCACGUGCGACCAUCACCCAGCACACCCUAACCCGGCGCACCUCCGGCGGUGUGACUGAGAUUGUCGGCCUAGGUGGCAACAGACCUAACUUGCCUUUACGCGCCAACCCGGAGACGCCAUUACGCUCCCGCAGGAGGUCCGGCCGCAACACCAGGGCCGCGAUAGCAGAGCAAGUAGAUGAGUCGGAUUUAGAGUAUAUCGACAUCGAUACACUGAGUAUGGAUAGCGAAUCCGACAGCGCCAUUUCUAGUGACACCUUUAUGGCUCGUCGACUCUUCCCGGGCCCACUUCCUCGUGUGCUAGCAGGUCGAGGCCGCGCGUCGGGUGCGUUCCUAGAGGAGGCCUUGCAGCCUCGCAUCCAGCCAGCUUCUCCUACCACCAUUACUGGUCGUGAGUUUGCUACUUCGCGUCGCCCCCGCGCGCGCACCGCCACCACUCCUUCUCGUCUACCUACCACUCCGGCUGUCACCUCUAGCAACAAGCGCAAGAGCAGUGGUAGGGCUGCAGAAUCGUCUACGAAGCGCACGCGCUUCGUAGAGCAGGACUCUAGUGACGAGGAUAUAGACAAGAUGUCCUUUAACAAGGUCCUCUAA